AUGGAAGAAAAUAAACAGAACCAAACUUUGUCACCCUCAAAGAAGCCGAAUCGUCAAAAACUUAGAAAGGAGCGUAAGGCAGCAAAACUGAAAGAAUUAGAACAAGAGGCAGAUGAAGAAAUAAAGAACCAAGUCAAUAUGAAAGAAGUUGAGUCGAAUUCUAUUAAUCAAAUUAUAUCUAAGUUAGGGUUUACUAUUAAAGAGAUAAAUCCAGAUGGUCAUUGGUAA